AUGGACGCCCUUCUUAGGACUGUCGCCUGCAUUCUGAUGCUCACGUACUACCCAGCGCGUACUGCGCAGAAAAGUUCACUUCGAGCGAAGGAGUCGGAAGCAUUCGAUCUUUGCGAGGAGAAGUUCAAGGUGGUCCAGAUGGCCAAAGGAGCUCGUCUCGGCGCCAAGAUGCUCGACAGCUGCGCUAUGAUGCUGAUCUCACGCUACGGACCCAAGGCCAUUGGCAUACAAAGGGCGGCAGUCAAGAUAUGCAUGGGAUUUCGAAUGUGUCACGCCAAGUACGCCGACAUCAAAGUGUCGGACAAGGAGGCCUUUAGGGAGAAGAUGCCGAAAUGUGUCGUAGACAUGUCUGUCUUGUCAUUCAAGUUGAAUCCGGUGAGAGACAGCUGGAAUAACGGAGAAUGUGUAAAUCACUACUGUUUUGGUGCAGAGAUAGCACGUCUGACACAACAAGACAGCAUCCUGCAGAGGUUGUACAAGACAGUGCAGAUGGCACAGUGGAGAAACUCACUCGAGAUGACUUCGUUCCUUACCGACGACGAGCGACCGCACUAG